CAGAUUUGCAUGGUAAAACUAGCAGGAAAAAAAAAAAAACAGAAAAAAAGGAAAAGGAAGGGCAAGACUGAACAGACGAUACUCAUCUCCAUCGUCACGGUAAGCUGGAGGUUCUCCGUCCUUUCUGCUUCCCCCCCUUCCAUUCCCUUUCCGGCCAUCCCUCUCGCUAGAUUUUCUUCCCCGUAGGAAUUGAGCUCCUAUUUGGAUCUGCUGAUCCGUAUUCUCCGUAUUUGUGUCCAAUCAUCUUCCUGUUGAGCUGCGGUUGCCCUCCCCGCCCUCGUCCGUCCCCGAAAUGUAGAACUGUACUCUUGUGCUCUUGGUUUCUUGAGGAGGGCACCUCGUGGCCAUCUUGAAGCGCCCGUCCCCAACAACACUCCAUGAAAUCUGUGAAUCUGUUGCGGAUGUUAAAAGUGCUGUCGUAGUGGUACUGUCGAACCGACUGAACUGAAUGGGCAACUGCUGCCGAUCUCCGGCUGCGGCCGCAAGGGAGGAAGUCCAUAUUAAGUCUGGCCAUCCCCAUGACCAUCAUGGCGGUGGGAAGAAGGUUGGUGGUGCUGCCAACAGCAAGAAAUUGACCGUUUUGAGUGGGAACGUGAAGGAAGGGAUUGAGGACAAGUAUGUCGUCGACCGGGAGUUGGGGCGCGGGGAAUUUGGGAUAACCUACCUCUGCAUUGAUAAGGACUCGAGGGAAUUGCUCGCCUGCAAGACGAUCUCGAAGCGCAAGCUUCGGACGGCGGUGGACAUUGAAGAUGUAAGAAGGGAGGUGGCAAUCAUGAAUCAUCUCCCCAAGGACUCCAACAUUGUCAGCUUAAAGGAGGCGCGGGAGGACGACAAUGCAGUUCAUUUGGUGAUGGAGUUAUGCGAGGGUGGGGAGCUCUUCGAUCGUAUUGUAGCCAGAGGACAUUAUACGGAGAGGGCCGCCGCUGCCGUUGCCAAGACGAUCGUGGAGGUUGUUCAGCUUUGCCACAAGCAUGGGGUUAUACAUCGAGACCUUAAACCAGAGAAUUUUUUGUUCGCGAACAAGAAGGAGAAUUCCCCUCUAAAGGCAAUUGAUUUCGGCUUGUCCAUAUUCUUCAAACCUGGUGAAAGGUUCUCCGAGAUUGUUGGGAGUCCAUACUACAUGGCACCUGAGGUACUUAAGCGGAACUACGGCCCAGAGAUAGAUAUCUGGAGUGCAGGAGUUAUCCUCUACAUAUUACUAUGUGGCGUCCCGCCAUUUUGGGCAGAAUCGGAACAAGGAGUUGCGCAGGCUAUUCUUCGUGGCCUUAUUGAUUUUAAGAGAGAACCAUGGCCUUCCAUAUCAGAUAAUGCGAAGAAUUUGGUCCGGCAGAUGUUGGAACCUGAUCCACAGCGUAGACUAACUGCAAAGCAAGUUCUCGAACAUCCUUGGUUGCAAAAUGCUAAAAAAGCACCAAACAUACCUCUUGGAGAUGGUGUAAAGACUAGGCUUAAACAGUUUUCUAUGAUGAACAGAUUCAAGAGAAGAGCAUUGAGGGUAAUUGCUGAUCAUUUAUCCAUUGAAGAAGUAGAAGAUGUCAAAGAGAUGUUUAGGAUGAUGGACACAGACAAUGAUGGUGCUGUAUCACAUGAAGAACUCAAGGCAGGGCUUCAUAAAUUUGGUUCUCAGCUUGCAGAGUCUGAAGUCCAGAUUCUAAUGGAAGCUGUAGAUGCAGAUAGCAAUGGGACACUCAAUUAUGAAGAGUUCAUCGCUGUUUCAGUUCAUCUACAAAAAAUGGCCAAUGAUGAGCAUCUCCGAAAGGCGUUCUCUUUCUUUGACAAGGAUGGAAAUGGCUUCAUUGAACUCGAGGAACUUAGAGAGGCCUUAGUUGAGGAGGGCGUAUCUGAUUCUGAUGUUGCAGUUGAUAUUCUUCGAGAAAUAGACAGUGACAAGGAUGGUCGUAUCAGCUAUGAUGAAUUUGUCGCUAUGAUGAAGACUGGAACUGAUUGGAGAAAGGCAUCACGGCACUAUUCAAGAGGCAGGUUUAACAGUCUGAGUAUCAGGUUGAUGAAGGAUGGGUCUCUUAAUGGAGGAGCUGAUAGGCAAUGAAGUGUGGUUCCCUGAAGUUCAACGAUUAGCAGCUUCUUCAGUUUGAGCAUAUUGGUGAUUAACCUGACUAUUUAGUGUCAGCUACUUUCUUAGUUUGGCUGCUUGAAGCUUUUGUAUUCAUAUACCACAGUGGUGGACUGAGCGUUUUUACUGAUGGGGAACUGUUUUCUACCUUAAAAAUGGAGGAGCUUGUACAACUGUAAGCAAGGGGAAGAGGUAUGAAAUGGUGGAAAAUUUUAUGGAUUAACCACCCACUAACCAUCUAUACAGUUGAACUUUUAAAAAAAGAGGGACAAGUAACAAUGAUCAGCAUCUCUUUCCAAAGUUAAGAUAUUCAUGAUUAGCUACUUAA